AUGAUUUCUACAAUGUGGCAUAAACAUAUUUUGAUAAAUCAAGAUAUUCUACGAAAACUGGAGAAGGAAAAGAUUCUCGUCUUCACACCAUCCCGAAGGGUCCAAGGCAGAAGGGUGGUCUGCUACGAUGACCGGUUCAUAGUCAAAUUGGCUUUUGAUUCUGAUGGCAUCAUUGUGUCCAAUGAUAACUACCGAGACCUUCAAGUUGAAAAGCCAGAAUGGAAGAAGUUUAUAGAGGAGCGGUUGCUGAUGUAUUCUUUUGUGAAUGAUAAAUUUAUGCCUCCAGAUGAUCCUUUAGGACGCCAUGGUCCAAGCCUUGAGAAUUUCUUAAGAAAGCAACCUGUUGUUCCUGAGCAUAAAAAGCAACCAUGUCCUUAUGGCAAAAAAUGUACCUACGGCCACAAGUGCAAAUACUAUCACCCGGAGCGGGCCAACCAACCCCAGCGUUCGGUGGCUGAUGAGCUCCGAAUCAGUGCCAAACUGUCCACAAUGAAAAUAAUGAGCGAAGACACCCUGGCCAAAUGUGGCACAGGAAUGUCUACUGCCAAAGGUGAGAUAACCACAGAGGUCAAACGUGUCGCCUCCAAGCGCCAGUCAGAUCCCAGCAUCCGUUCUGUAGCUGUGGAGCCCGAGGAGUGGCUGUCCAUUGCCCGCAAACCUGAGGCCAGUUCUGUCCCUUCACUUGUGACCGCUUUAAGUGUCCCUACAAUCACUCCUUCCAAAAGCCAUGCAGUGGGGGCACUCAACACCCGUUCAGCCAGCAGCCCAGUGCCAGGGUCCUCCCAUUUCCCCCAUCAAAAGGCCUCUUUGGAGCACAUGGUCAGCAUGCAAUACCCUCCUAUCCUGGUUACCAACAGCCAUGGCACCUCUAUUAACUAUACUGAGCAAUAUCCAAAGUUUGAGACCAUGAGGGACCAUGACUACUAUUCAAGCGACUUCUCCAAAGUGAGCAUCAACAGCAUGCAUAAUCAUGAGUAUUACAUGGCUGAAGCAAACCAGGGGGUAUAUGUUCAGAAUCCCAGCCUCCGUCCCGACAGUCACAUGAGCCAUACCAGGUGUGACAACUAUUCUUCCUACAACAACUUGUAUUUGGCCUUAGCUGAUGCCCAUCCCGAAGGCACUUUGAAGCUGCAUCGCUCAGCAUCUCAUAACCAUCUUCAGCCUUUUUCCCAUGGGUACCAUGAAGCCUUAGCGAGAGCGCAAAGUUAUGGUUCAGAAGAUUCCAAGCAAGCACCCCACAAGCAGUCAGUCCCUCACUUAGCUGUGCAUACCCAAAACCCAGCAACUGGAGCACACUCUAGCUGUCCUGGAGACUACACCAUGCCUCCCAAUAUCCAUUCUGUGGGACCCUCCCAGCCAGGCCGUGCUCUGGUGAUGACUCGGAUGGACAGCAUUUCUGACUCCCGCCUCUAUGAC